CCCAGCCUACCGCAUCCCUGUGGACCGACACACCGCCGCGCCGACAGGACGUGAUAAACAGGCUCCGUGACGCAGAAGAUGAUGGAGGUGGUCGUGCUGUUGUGCCUUUUUGCCGUCGGCCUGGCCAAUCCGACUGAACAGCUGCAAGUUGCUGCUGCCAGGGGAGCAGCAGAGGUGCACAGGGCGAAGCGGUGCGCGAACUUGUGGGACGACAGCUGCCUGAACGACGUGAGCGGCGCGUCAGACGACGGCGACUACUUCGGCUCGGGCAACAGCCCAGGCAAGCGCUGGGCGCCGCAGCAGGUGCGCCACCUGCUGGAGCAGAUGGGCCGGCAGGCGGCCGCCAAGCGCUGCGCCAACCUCUGGGACGACAGCUGCGCCAACGGCGGCUUCAUCGGGGCGUCAGAAGACGGGCAGUACUUCGGCUCCGGCAGCAGCCCGGGCAAGAGGGCGCUGAGCCAGCAGCUGCGCCGCCUGCAGCUGCUGCGCGCCAGAGCAGGCUCCAAGCGCUGCGCCAACGUCUGGGACGACAGCUGCGCCAACGGCGGCGUCGACGGUGCCUCCGACGACGGCCACUACUUCGAUUCCGACCAGAGUCCCGGCAAGUGAGUCGCUCACCUCUCUCUCUACAUUCCCCGGAAACUUACUGUUUGACACGCAUCAGCAGCAUGCCACGCACUGCUGACUUUGUGAUCCUGUACACUGCCCUCUGAACUAGUGAAAUAAAGUUUACUGAUACAUUCAUCUAA